UAGCAACACUGCAGUUUCGAAAGUUCAAUUUCGCAUGGCGGACGUGCAAUAAGACUCACUGAUAUUUGUUGGUGAUAAUUUCAAUCAUUUCGUUGUGAUUCCUUAUGGAAGGACUAAUUCUAAUGCUUUUAUUUCUUUGUGGACGUGCGUUAUUCAUACCUUAACGAUUGAUGAUGCUGUAGUGAUAUUAUUUGUUGUAUUUGUGUGAACUGCAUAGUUUUUCUCAAAAAUGGGAAAAUGUGACGAAGCCAAUGUUGAAGUUAGUAUGGGGGACUCGGCGUCCCCCAUGAAACCUGAUAAUUUUACGUUCAGCGUGCCCCCGGAGGCGCCCGUGUUCGAGCCGACGCCGGAAGAGUUCCUGGAUCCUCUGGCGUACAUCAGCAAAAUAAGGCCAAUUGCAGAGAAGUCAGGAAUAUGCAAAAUCAAACCCCCUGCGCACUGGCAGCCCCCGUUUGCCGUGGAUGUCGACCGUCUGCGGUUCACACCGCGGAUACAACGGUUAAAUGAACUAGAGGCUAUAACGAGGGUGAAGCUAAACUUCCUGGACCAGAUAAUCAAGUUCUGGGAGCUCCAGGGCUCCGUCCUCAAAAUCCCUACAGUCGAGAGGAAGCCGCUUGAUCUCUACGCUUUGCACAAAAUUGUCAAAGAAGCCGGCGGCUUCGACACAUGCUCGGCGGAGCGAAAAUGGACCAAGAUCGCACGGCGUAUGGGCCACCCACAAGGAAAGGGCAUUGGCUCCAUACUCAAGAACCACUAUGAACGCAUAUUGUACCCUUACGAUGUGUUCAAGAGUAGCGGUGCCGUGGACAAGGAAACGAAAAUCGAAGUGAAAGGCGAUCAGACCCCCGAAAAGGCGAACACCACCCGGAGUCGCUCGAACUCUAAAUGCCCCGCGGCGACCCCGUCGCCGGCGCGCCGCUUCAAGAGCAGCGAGCCCGAGCCCGCGGCGGAAGGCAGCCACACGGAGGGGGCGCUGGCUGGCGCUGAUGAGGAGGUCAAGACGCCGGUUAAAGAGGAGAAGGAGAAUGGGGAGCAGAGGCGCAGCCCCCGCGAGAACAAGUGGAUGUCGCCCGCGGGCAGCUGCGGCGCGCGCUCGCGCGUGACGCGCGCCACGCGCCUGCGCGAGCACCGCAUGAGCAACAUGACCGUGUCCGUCACGCCCGCGCCGCCCACCACGCCCGUCGCCACCAGCCCGGGAACCCUGGACCCGCUGGCAAAAUACAUGUGCCGCCUCUGCGGGCGAGGCGACAUCGAGGAACAAAUGCUGUUAUGCGACGGUUGUGACGACUCCUACCACACAUUCUGCCUCGUGCCUCCGCUCGCCAUCGUGCCCAAGGGCGACUGGCGUUGCCCCGUCUGCCUCGCAGAAGAGGUAUCUAAACCGACGGAGGCGUUUGGAUUCGAACAGGCAUCGCGAGAGUACACGCUACAGCAGUUCGGAGAGAUGGCCGACCAGUUCAAGUCGGACUAUUUCAAUAUGCCCGUACAUAUGGUGCCAACCCCAACGGUAGAAAAGGAGUUCUGGCGGGUAGUGUCGUCGAUAGACGAAGAUGUGACCGUUGAGUACGGCGCGGAUCUACACUCUAUGGACCACGGAUCUGGAUUCCCUACAAAAUCAAGCGCACAUCUAUACCCCGGCGAACAACAGUACGCUGAGUCGAGCUGGAAUCUGAACAACUUGCCCGUCCUAGAGGGCUCUGUGCUUGGACACAUCAACGCUGACAUAUCUGGAAUGAAGGUCCCUUGGCUGUACGUGGGUAUGUGUUUCGCGACCUUCUGCUGGCACAACGAGGACCACUGGAGUUAUUCCAUCAACUAUUUACAUUGGGGAGAGCCCAAGACUUGGUACGGCGUGCCAGGCUCGAAGGCCGAGCAGUUCGAGGCCGCCAUGAAGGCCGAGGCCCCCGAGCUGUUCCAGCUGCAGCCCGACCUGCUGCACCAGCUCGUCACCAUCAUGAACCCCAACAUACUCAUGCGCGCCGGCGUGCCCGUCUACAGGACUGACCAGCGCGCGGGCGAGUUUGUGAUCACGUUUCCUCGCGCGUAUCAUGCCGGCUUCAACCAGGGAUACAACUUUGCCGAGGCCGUCAACUUCACACCGGCUGACUGGCUAAAAAUGGGUCGCGAAUGCAUCGCACACUACUCUACCCUCCGUCGCUACUGCGUGUUCUCGCACGACGAGUUGGUGUGCAAGAUGGCGCUCUCACACGACGCAUUAAAUAUGAAUGUGGCGCUCGCCGCGUACAGGGACAUGCGGACCAUGCUCCACGACGAGAGGAGGCUUAGGAAGGCGCUUCUGGACUGGGGUGUGACGUCAGCCGAGCGCGAAGCCUUCGAACUGUUACCCGACGACGAGCGGCAGUGCGCGCUGUGCAAGACGACGUGCUUCCUGUCGUGCGUGACGUGCGCGUGCUCGCGCCGCGUGGCGUGCUUGCGGCACUACGACCAGCUGUGCGCCUGCCCGCCGAGGUCGCACACCCUGAGAUAUCGAUACACCCUUGACGAGCUACCAGCGAUGCUAGAAAAACUCAAGAAAAAAUCAGAAAUAUUCCGCGAAUGGGCGGAGUCUGUACAGAACGCUCUGGACCCGGACACGCCGAAAACUUGCGACUUGGACGGCCUGAGGGCUCACCUUAGGAGGUCUACUGAACUUAAGAUGCACAAAACCGAGCUAGUCCGCGCACUAGAAACCGCCAUAGAGGAUGCCGAGAAGUGCGCCUCCGUGAUUCAGCAGUUAGAUCUCAACAAGAUGCGAACUAGGACCCGGCAUCAUGAUCCCAAGUACAGAUUAUCAGUGCAAGAGUUGACACUGUUUGCGCAAGAGAUUGACCAGCUGGCUUGCGUGCUACCUGAAGGAUCAGCAGUAAAGGAAGUCCUUCGCCAGACCGCCGAGUUCGAGUCGCGCGCCACGGAACUGCUGGACAAAGAGUUGGACCAGACCGACCCCGGCUUUGUCAGAGAGCUCGAAGAGGUGGUAGAACUCGGCGUACGCCUCUGCAUAGUCCUACCCCAACUCGCGCCGCUACAAAUGCGCCUCCAACAAGUCAAGUUCCUCGAAGAGGUCCGGACUUACAGGGAAGACUACGCGACCUUGACCCCAGAGGUCAUUGACCGCCUGCUUCAGGAGUCCGAGAAAGUGGUGCCGCAUCAUAAAAUUGAGACUGAACGGGCGUUGCUGUAUAAGCUUAAAGCCGAAGUCGAGGAAUGGGAGGAGCGUGCCCGAGCCGUGCUCAUCGACCCGUCAAAGCCGCCUCCCGACCCGCCGCAGCACACGACCCUCGCCGAAGUCCAAGCGUUACUCGACGCGAGGGAAGACAUUGAAGCCGCCUUGCCUUCAUACCACGCGCUCAGUCACGCCAAGCAACAUGCAACAGACUGGCUUGUAAAGGUGGAAGAGAUGCAAUCGAAAGACUUAUACCCAUACAUGCACAGCGUAGAAGCUUUAGUGAAACGCGGACAGCAAAUACCUCUAGCGUUAUAUGAGAAAGAUCAACUUGCCGCAGCUUUAGCGUCCGCCAAGGAAUGGAAACGUGGGGCUGGAGAUAUGUUUUUAAAGAAGAACUGGCAGUACUCGCUGCUGGAGGCGCUGUCCCCGCGCACGGAGGCGGCGCCGGGGCGGCGGCGCGCGCGCGCCGGCGCCGCGUCCCCGCCCCCCUCCUCGCUGGAGGCGGGCCUGUUCCUGCGCAACUUCAUCGAGGACUCCACGCCCACCGAGAUCGUCGCCGCCUUCAAGCACGCCGAGCAGCGCGAGCUGGCCAACAUCAAGGAGCUCAGAAGUAAGAACAUGCGCAAGGAAGUCCGCGCGCCCCCAAUGCCGGGCGUCUCGUUCUGCGUGUGCCAGAAGCGUCAGUACGGCGUCAUGACGCAGUGCGAACUCUGCAAGGACUGGUUCCACGCCGCCUGCAUAACCGCCGCGAAAGAAGAGCGCGCCGAAUCCGAGGAGCGAGACCUUCCGUUCCCGACGCCGGAGCCGAAGUUCCUGUGCCCCGAGUGCACCAGGACCCGGCGCCCGCGCCUCGACCGCAUCCUCGCCUUACUGGUGUGGCUACAAAAGCUGCAAGUGCGACUAGCAGAGGGAGAAGCACUGCAGUGUGUGACAGAGCGCGCGAUGGCGUGGCAGGACGCGGCGCGCGCCGCACUCGCGCACCCCGCGCUAGCACAACUGCCCGUCGAGCGCGACCGCGCUGCCGCGAAUCGGGAAAAAUCGGACAAACUGAACGCAGAAUUGAAGAAAGCGACCGGCCGGGCGCACGACCACUCAUCACAGAACGCAAGGUCGUCCGCGAGUGUGGAGCACGCGUACAGCGCGACGCCGCGCUCGCCGGGCGCGCGCCUGGCGCCGGGGCUCCUGCAGAAACUGGAGGACUUAAUGCUGGAAGGGGAUCUGCUCGAGGUUCAACUGGAGGAGCAGACUCAGGUGUGGAGCGCGGUGUGCGCGGCGCGCGGCGCGUGCGGGCGGCGGGUCGCGCGCGUGCUCGACGCCGGGCGCCGCAAGCGCGCCACGCGCGCUCCGUCCCGGCCGCACCAGCAGCUCAAGCGGGCGAGAGCGCACCCGCACGACGCGCGCCGGGCCAGCGCCGGCAAGCCGGCCAAGCGGGGCGCCGCCACCACCACCAACUAUCUCAACAGGAAACAGGGGAUUUCAUCCGGCUCUGGCCUUAUGAUGCGCAAACACUACAUGGCGCGACAGGAGCGUCGCAAAAAUGCCGCGCGCGGCAAGCUCGCGCGGCAUCCGAGGAUGGGACAACCGCGGCGCGCCGCCGCCGCCGCCGCCGGCGCGGCCGCUGAAGAGAGCAGCACCGAUUCCUCCGAUUUUGACAUCGACGAGCCGUGCGCCGCUCUCAACUGCCGCCGACCCUCCGGCAGAAUAUACUGGGUGCAAUGCGACGGCGAUUGCGACCAGUGGUUCCACAUGCACUGCGUAGGGCUCCAACCUGCAGACCUGCGCGACAACGACGAGUACAUCUGCGGCGCCUGCGCAGCCCACCAGCUCGGCAAGCCGCGCAAGGCCAAGGCCAACGACGAGCGGUAAA